GGCGCCGGAGCUCCGCCCUGGCAUCCUGGGCCCACGGCUGUGGCGAUUGCCGCCAGCGUCUGUGGUCGCGCGCUGCGGCGGGGAGCGGGAUCGAAGAGGAUCGAGGAGGAUCGAAUAACGAGGAGGAGGAGCAGGAGGAGGAGGAGGAGGAGCCUGGCGCUGAGGACGAGCAAGAUGCCGACUCGAAGGCGCAAGUGGGCCGCAAGGCAGUGCGUGGCCUGCAGCUCAACUGGCAUCCUGGUGCUCAUGCCCGACAGGACUGCAAAAACAGUUCGGCCACGAAGCCGUCCGCAUGUAUUAUCUGCCAUGCGGCGCGAGUGGGCAAGAUCGACAACAAGGAUAACCCAUCGCCACCCAAUGCAUCCGCCCACUGAGGAGGAUGGAGUGCCCGCCUCGGACCGUAGAGCACGCACGAGCAUAUGACUAUACUUGGGAGCGCGCCCUCCAGCAGACAGUUCGGCGCAGCGGGCAGCCAAUGCACACAGGCACACGGACACCAUGCGCCGCACGCCGGGGGCAGUGAGUCCUGCACCAUGCCUGCGCCCAGGCCGCACCACGAAGAUCAGCGCGGUGAGAGGGGCGAGGAGGGGGAGCGAGGCACACGGGCGGGACUCGUCGUGCUGCCGCUGGGGGCGCGGAGCGAGGCUCGGCGGAGCCGACCAUGCCGCGGCGCGUGCCUCGUCCACGAGGAGGCUUCCCCGACCUGGAGAGGCGAGGAGCGGCCGACCUGCAGGGCCCCUCACGAGUCCUUACGUGGCGUCUCGCCUGCAGGGCUGCGGCUGUGGAAGGGGCAGGAGAGGGCAUGAGAAAAGACGGGGAGGAGGAGCACAGAAGCGGUGGCAAGACAUGUCUUGACCAGGGCACAGGCACUGGCCACGAGGAACAACAAGCGCGACACUGCUGGAGAAGCCGGCAAUGUCCCGCGCAAGUCCUCGAGGACUGGCUUGGUUCCGCGACCGUGACCGGGGGCGCCGGCCUCCGUGGCCGAGCUGCCGCGUCGUUCAAAGGGCGACACGGCGGCAGAAGGUCCAGGGGGAGGCAGGGACG